UAUACAGCCCUCUAACCAAUAUCCCUUUUGCUCUCAAAAAUGAAUACUGAGCACGACGAACCACUAUCCCCGGGCGGCCGGUUGUUCGUACAACCGGCAACUCACCAGGUCAUAAACACCGCUUUCGGCCUCGAACGCACGAUUGAACCCGAUGCCCUCCUAACCGCCAUCUCCGACUCUCUCAUAACCAAACACCCUAGAUUUUCCAGCCUUUUAGUCACGGACAGUGACGGACAUGAACAUUGGCGGAAAGUCGAACUCGACAUCCACCGCCACGUCAUCGUCCGUCCGGACCCGGUAGGCGAAGGAGAUAACAAUGAAGAAAUAGUCAAUGACUACCUCGCUGACCUCGCGGUCUCCUCUCCAUUGGACACUAAUAAACCUUUGUGGGAGUUCCAUCUUCUAACCGCGCACAAGUGCGUGGUGAUGCGUGUUCACCACGCGCUUGGCGAUGGAAUCUCCAUCGUGUCGUUGGGGAUAACUAUGUGCAGAAGACUCGAUGAUCCAGAACAAACGCCGACGAUCGAACAUCUAGUUUCGUCAACACAAAAGGCUGAGAAUCCGGGAAGGCUUGAAAAGAUUUUGAAAGUAUUGAAAAUGGUUUGGUUUAGUUUGAUGUAUGCGUUUGAGUUUAUAAUCCGGGCAGUAUGGGUUAAAGACAGAAAGACGGUGUUGAGAGGCGGAGAAGGGGUGGAGUUGUGGCCGAGAAAAAUUGCCACAGCCAAGUUUAGCCUUCAAGACAUGAAAACGGUGAAGAACGUCGUCACCAACGCGACGAUAAAUGACGUUCUUUUUGGCGUAAUAUCAUCAGGGCUAUCAAAGUAUUUGGACAGCCGAUUACUAGACUAUAUUCAAGAGGGACUUCAAAUUACGGGCGUCGCACUUGUUAAUUUAAGGCCAUCGCCGGGACUCAAGGAUAUGAAAGAAUUGAUGAAGAAAAAUGCAGGGACAGCAGGGUGGGGAAAUAAAGUUGGUUUUAUGCUCCUACCUGUUUACUAUCAUAGAAAUCGGUCUGACCCACUUCAGUACUUGAAGAGAGCCAAACUAAUGAUGGAUAGGAAGAAGUUGUCUAUGGAGGCUUUUUUAUCUCACCACAUUGGAUGCUUUCUUAUGAAAUUCUUUGGAGCAAAGUUUGCAAGCUCGCUUUCUUACAGAGUAGCUUGUAACACCUCUUUCACGUUUUCAAAUGUGGUGGGCCCAAGAGAUGAGAUGACGGUUGCAGGCAUCCCAAUCAAAUACAUCAGAACUACAAUAUCAAGUUUGCCCCACGCAAUCAUAAUGCAUAUCAUGAGUUAUGCGGGAAAGGCCGAUAUGCAGAUUCUAGUCGCGAAAGACCUCAUUCCAGACCCCGAAAAGUUAGCAAAAUGUUUUGAAGAUGCACUACUCGAAAUGAAAGAAUACGCGGUACAAAUAUGAGAAAAAUCGGUUAAGGUUUCUUUGAAACAUAUAAAAAAUGAUCCACUAUAAAAGAUUUAGUAUGUUUUUUUCUGUGUUCGUACCCAAAUGAGGUUAUGAUUAUGAUUCUAUAACGGUGUCUUAAAACUAAAGAAUGGUAUGUUAUUUCUCAUAUCAUUCUAUCUAUUUUCAUUACAAAUAAAUAAUUGUUUUGUGCCUUCAGCUAUAAA